AUGCAAGUGAGCAAGAGAACUUGUAGUAUCUUGAUUGGAGGUAAGGUGGCCGAACCAAGGUGGCUUUGGGAAGUGAGUGCCGAUCGGCAUGAUCCUCCCAUGGUGGGUGCCAAUCGACAUGAGCCUCCGAGGAUCGACGAAAAAGGGGCUUCCACUCACAGAUCGACGAAGAAGAAGCUUCCUUUUGCUGUGAAGCUUUGCUAUAAAUUUCCAUCAGGAGGUGGGAGUUCAAAUGGUGCUAUAAGGGAAGUUGAAAGUCAUGAGAUAUCUAUCAUCGUAAAUUCUGAAGUUGAAGAGGCAUCAAUUAUGGAUGCCAAAAUUGAUAAUGGGAACUCGGAGUUUGGAAGUAAGGAUGGAGCUUUCAUUUGGAACAACAAUAGAUGGAGCUCUUGCAAUUGA